AUGAUUUAUUUUGAUUUAAUCAACGACGAAAUAUUUUCAUCAUGUAAACGAGGUGUUAAAUUAAUAAAUGUUGCUCGUGGUGGAAUAAUUGAUGAAAACUCACUUGUUAAUGCACAUAAUUGUGGUCAAUGUGGUGGUGCAGCUCUUGAUGUAUUUCAAGAAGAACCACCAAUUGAUAUGAAACUUACUCAACAUCCUUUGACUAUUUGUACACAUCAUCUAGGUGCAAGUACUCUUGAAGCACAAAAACGUGUAGCAAUUGAUUUAGCUCAACAAAUAAUUGAUUUGAAACAAGGACAUUCAUUAAUUGGAGUUGUUAAUGGAUCAAUGGAAAUGAUUGUUAAUAAAAAGCAAGAAGUAAAUAAUGUAUUAAUUGUUCGUGCUGCAAGGGAUAAUCAAAUAGAAGAACUAUCUGGUAUUGUUUCUGAUGAUCAUUUAUGGAUUAUCUUCGUGAUAAUACGUCACAAUUUAGUACUAUUGUUGAUAAUAGAUAUUAUUAUUGAAGCAGAUAAAUUAAUACGUGAAGCUCGGCAUGAUUUUCGGCUUACUAUGAAAUUUAUUGAUUUAUGUCGAUUUAUUCUUUGUUAUUAUUCAACAUCACGUAUUAUACUUUCUAUUGGAAGUCAAUGUUUAGUUACUCGAUUAGCUGUACUGGUUAUUGAUGAUGUUUGUUAA